GUAUGUUUUUUUUUGUUUUGCAUUCUUCUUUCUCCUGCAUCGGAUCGGCGAAACAUUCUUCUUUUUUUCGCUUCUCUCUGGUAUCAAUAAUGUGUUCCUGAUUGUGGUAUGAUAGAUUCCGUGUAGGAACCUAAUCCUCUUAAUUAGGGUUCCAAGAGGGGUCAUGUUGAAGGAAGAAGAUGAAGAAGCCAGUGCUUUGAUGGGACUCCUUGCUGCCUCACCACCUUACACACCAGCCACUUACGGCUGUGAUUCACCGCAGCCGCUGGAAUCUGAAAGUUACGCACCAACAAACGCUUACAGCUGCGAUUCACCUCCGCCGCCGGAAUCUGAAAGUUACGCACCACCAAACACUGACGGCUGUGAUUGGCCGCAGCCGCUGGUAUAUAAAAGUGAAAGUGAUUCUCCGCCUCGGGACUGUUAUUGUCCUGAUUCUCCUUAUUCACCCGUCCCGCCGGGCUAUGAAUGGCCUGUACCAUUAACACCAUCCUCCCCAGAUGAAUUGUCCAUCGAUAAUUGCUUAUGGCUGCUAGGAUUCAAAGGUCCGGAGCGGCCGGAAUAUGAAGCACCACCUUAUAUAUCGUCAGCACCAUCUUAUAUGCCGCAGCCUCUGGGAUCUGAAUGUCAUUCACCGCUUCCGCUGGAAGCUGAAUCUGAAUCUGAAUCUUUUGCAUCAUCACCGUCACUACCACCUUCCGAGGGUGAUGCACCACCUUACGCGCUGAAAAUUGAAUCUGAAUCUGAAACUUGUGGAUCACUACCAUCACCACCACCUUCACCGCUGGAAUCUGAAUGUCUUGCACCGCCUUCCGCACCAACAACGACUGGCGGCUGUCAUUCACCGCUUCCGCUGGAAGCUGUAUCUGAAACUGAAUCUUUUGCAUCAUCACCGUCACCACCACCUUCCGAGGGUGAUUCACCACCUGACGCGCUGAAAAUUGAAUCUGAAACUGGUGGAUCAUCACCAUCACCACCACCUUCCGAGGGUCAUUCACCGCAGCCGCUGGAAUCUGAGUGUUGUGCACCGACAUACGCACCAACAACAAGUAACGAAUAUGAAUGUGCAUACGCACCAACCAUUGAAACCCCUCUCACCACCUCACCGUUGAAAAAGUAUGGUGAGAUAGGGCUCUAUGGUCAAAUUGGACUUCAGUGCUACAAUCUGCACAAGGGCACAAAUUUACAGUUUUUGGAUGUAGCCAUGUUCCAGCCUAUCGCAAUGUUUGCUUCGCGUAUAAUAAUAGAGGCGGCAGAGGAACCAAUAGGCAAAUCAACUUGGUACCUCGAUAUAGAAAUUUGUCAUACCAAUAAGAGAGAAGGUUGUAGGGAAAUUAUUUUAACGCGCUGCUUUUUACAGCCAGAGGUGAAACGACGUCGCUAUGAAAGACUUGUGGUGGAUGAUUUCUUCAAAGGUGUUAUGCCCACUUGGAUCUCUGAGGAUGCGCUAACGGGCAGUUGCAAGCGGCAAUACUACGAGUUGACAAAGUCAGAGGUGGAACAAGACCAAGGAUGGCUUCAUCUUUACGCUCUGCUCGCAUAUUUGGCCUUGGAAUUGCAAUUAUUCCCGGAGCAAGCAGAUCAAUUAUUGGAGCUGAGAAAGGUAGUUGUGCAAACCAAAGAAGAUGUGGAGCCGAAGAAGAAGGCCAAUGCCAUGUGUGCAGUCUUCUACAUUAGCUUCAGAAGCAGUGCCGGUCAAGACUUCAAUGCUAUCAUUAGGAGAACAACGGUUGAAUUUCCGGAGCAUAUGAAGCUUGAAUUCAAGUGUUAUAUGUGAAAGCCCUUCAUCCAUUAUGUAUUAUACCAUUAUCGUCCCAUUAUAUGUAUUUAAGUAUCUAAU